UUUCAUUUAUAUCUUCUAAGAUGAAAACAAAAUUUAUAUUCUCAUUGGGCGUUCUAGCUCUCUACAUCCUUUUUGUGCUAGUAGCAGGAGUGGUUGGAGAUGGACAAAAGAAAACACCAACGAAACAAACAUGGUGUUCUAGGCCUUUCCCUAAUAAUAACCAGAAAACUGAGAAAUGUGUCAUCAAAGAUUGUGAAUCUAAAUGUAGACAGAAGUGGAAAGGGAAUGGUACAGAGGCUUCAUGUCGUCCUCGUUGCAUCUGCCAUUUCCGUUGUCCAUGGAUUCAAGGCUCUGCCUGA